CCCGUCGGAAGGUCGCUGUUUUUGCUUUUGGUCUCCAAUCUCCGAAUCACCCAAAAAUUCCAAUCCAAACCCAUUAAACAAUUUACACAAAUCAUCUUAAUUUUACGAUUCUUCAUUCACAAGACGGCGCAAUUUCAUCUCAAUUCUUUUUUUAUCUGUUUUGUUGGUGGAGGAUUCCUGAAGGCUUUGUCUCAAAUUCAGACAUUGCUGAAAUUGCGGCUCUGAAAAUGUUUCCCAGGAAAGACACUUCUCGUAUAGACACUUCCGAGCUGAAAGCGAUGAUAUAUCGAAAGCUUGGGCAUCAGAGAUCAGACAAAUACUUUGAUCAGCUCAAGAAAUUGUUAAGUUUAAAGACCAACAAAAGGGAAUUCGACAAGUUUUGUAUUCAGAUUAUUGGGAGGGAAAUUAUACCUCUUCAUAAUCGGCUUAUUAGAGCGAUUCUUCAAAAUGCUUGUGUGGCUAAAACUCCCCCUGUUCUUAGCAGUACAAGGAAAGUUGGAGGCAAUCUCAGUGUGAAGGUUGUGAAUGGAUAUCAAAGGAGUUGUCUUCAAUCACUUCAUGGGGAUGCAUUCCUUUCUUCUCCUCGAAAGGGUAGGUCGCCAGUUAGUAGAGACCGUAAGAUUCGAGAUCGUCCAAGUCCUUUGGGACCGUGUGGGAAGCCACAGAAUAUGGCACUUGAAGAAUUUGCUUCCAAGGCACAAGAACAGCAAAGUGCAACAGAGUUGCAUUCUCUUGGCAGCCGUCCUCCUGUCGAAAUGGCGUCUGUAGAAGACGGAGAAGAGGUUGAGCAGGUGGCUGGAAGUCCUGGAGUUCAAAGCAGAAGCCCAGUUACUGCUCCGCUUGGUAUAUCGAUGAACUUCAUUGGUUCCAGUAAGACUCUCUCCAAUGUUCCCGUUGGAGGAAGAAAUUACCAUGUAACAACAUGUCAAGAUGGUGGCGAGCUACCGGACACGAGGUUGCUACGAACUCAUUUGAGGAAGAAGUUGGAAACAGAGCAGAUUGAUAUAUCUGUAGAUGGUGUAAACCUUCUUAACAAUGCAUUGGAUGUUUAUUUAAAGAGGUUAAUCGAGCCAUGUUUGAAUUUCUCUCGGUCACGGUGCGAGCGACUGAAAUUUACAGGCAAUCAACCGAUAACUGGCUCAAGAAUCACAUUCCAGGAACAAAAUCGGCAUCGAGCUCAACAAAUAAAUAAUGGAUCCUUGUUGGACUUCCGUGUUGCAAUGCAACUGAAUCCUCAAGUGCUUGGGAGAGAGUGGACGAUGCAGCUUGAGAAAAUCAGUUUACGAGCCUCUGAAGAGUGAACUGACCAAAUCUCACGUCAGAAAAAGUAUAGUAGGGUCUGAAUAUAUAGUCAAAAGGUGAUCGAUCAUAUAUUGUGAAUAAUUUGAUGGGUUCUGUGUCUUUCAAAGUCCCUUGCUAAUUUUUGCGAUUCUUGUGAGGAUAGGUUUUCAGAUCCAUUAUGAGCCUUAAAUCAAGUUGAUUAGGUUACAUGUAGAUAAAAGGCUCUAAUGAUCAUUUGUCUUGAGGAAUAUGUUUAUGAUCUAAUAAAGGCAUACAACUUCACUUGCA